AUGGCUAAAAAACGAUCGUCGCUGAAAAAGAGUCGUUCUGGUUCUGUGGGUUCGACAAUGAAAAAUAAAAAGUUUAUGAGAUCUAACCAAACAACAAGGACAAAUUUGACAUUUAAAAAAGGCGAGCACAGUUUGAAUCCAGACCGCAAAACAAAAGGAGACCAUUUUCGCUCCAGAGCUACAAUCAAUCGAUUACGUAUGUACAAGAAUUUUAAACCUGUCAGAGAUGCCAAAGGUAAAAUUAUCAGAGCUGCACCUUAUCAAGAAAAAUUGCCUUCUGGAACAGUUGCAAGGGUUGAGCCUCAUCGAAAAUGGUUUGGAAAUACUCGAGUGGUUGGGCAGGAACAGUUGCAAAAAUUCCAGGAGAAUUUGGGAAAGGCAUUGCAAGAUCCAUUCCAAGUGGUUAUGCGACAAACUAAACUUCCUAUUUCGCUAUUGACUGAAAAAGCGAAGCAACAGCGCGUCCACAUACUUGACACGGAGAGCUUUGAAUAUACUUUUGGCAAAAAAGCCCUCAGAAAGAAACCAAAAGUAAGAAUGGAAAACCUUGAGACAUUGUGCGAAGAGGUUGAUCAGCGAACCGAACAGUAUGAUGAGACAGCUGAUAGCAGUUUGAUAAAAAAUGCCAAUUCUGAAGCAGUGGAGAAUUCAAAUCCACUAUUCAAAGCCGGACAGAGCAAUCGUGUUUGGGGAGAACUAUACAAGGUAAUCGAUUCAUCCGAUGUCGUUGUAGAAGUAGUCGAUGGUCGUGAUCCAAUCGGAACUCGAUGUCUUCAUAUUGAACAGUUUUUACGGAAGGAAAAACCCCAUAAGCAUUUGAUUUUGGUUCUGAACAAAGUUGAUCUGGUGCCAACCUGGGCCACGAAGAAGUGGCUGACGUUAUUGUCACAGGAAUUACCAACAGUGGCUUUCCAUGCAUCCAUGCAACAUUCUUUUGGGAAAGGAACAUUAAUCAACCUAUUAAGACAGUUUGCAAAUCUUCAUAAAGAUCGUCAACAGAUAAGUGUUGGUUUUAUUGGCUAUCCGAAUGUUGGCAAAUCUUCAAUAAUUAAUACACUUCGAGCUAAACGAGUAUGUAAAACUGCUCCAAUUGCAGGAGAAACUAAAGUCUGGCAGUAUGUUACUUUGAUGCGGCGUAUUUAUAUGAUUGAUUGUCCAGGUGUUGUUUAUCCGCAAGGAGAUUCGGAGACUCAAAUCAUUCUGAAAGGAGUGGUACGUGUUGAAAAUGUGAAAGAUCCAAUCAAUCAUGUACAAGGUGUUUUGGAUCGAGUAAGGGAACAAUAUUUGUUGAAGACAUAUUCCAUCGACCCAUGGAAUGAUAUAUAUGACUUUCUGACAAAAAUUUGCCUUAAGACGGGCCGAUUAUUAAAGGGUGGUGAACCUGAUUGGAACACAGCAGCAAAAAUUGUGUUGAAUGAUUUUCAGCGAGGUCGUUUACCUUACUAUAUUCUUCCUUCGGGCUGUGAACUCGAAAAUGCAAGUGAAAAAUGCAAGGAUAGGUGUACAGAGGGUGCAGAGAAAACAAGAACAAGUGAAUGCAGCGCUGCAAAUGAUAUCACCGAUGAGGAAAAAAAUAAUGCUGCUGAUGAUAAUGAUAAUGGUGAUGACGCUGAUGAUGACGAUGAUGACGAUGAGGGUACUCUAACGGACCUGGAUUCAACUUGUAGUGGUCUCACUAACUUAACGGAUCUAGAUGAUUUAGAUUUUCAACUUCCGGAGGCACCUGAAGGUACCAUCGAUGCUGGUGCUGAACCCAUAGAAAAGAAUGAACCAAAGAUAGAGAGACGACGAGCACGAGGAAAAAGGGCGGGGAAGAAGCUUUCGGAAAAGCGUGAUAGAUUAAAACAUGGAAAGCCGUUCGAGAAGUGCAAUGAUGUUGUUAAAUUUGGUUUGAAUGAGAAGAAAAAAGGAGAUAAAAAUGCGUGGAGAAGAAAGUUAGAAAAGCGUCGACGUAUCAAGCAUCAACAGUGA